GUGUCCUACAAGCUGCAGUUUCUGCCUUCCGUUUCCUUCCUGCCUCUCAAAGAUCACAGAGCAUUUACAAUUGAACCUGAGCUAACCCCGCACAGAGAGAGAUGCCAGAGACAGAAGAGAUCGAGAGGUUUCCGAGUGAACUGUGGAAAUGACAAUGCUCUCAGCCUGAUGCUCUUGCAAUGCAGUGAGGUCGCUGUUACAAAACUCUUCCACUAAUUGCAAAAUAAACUGCCUUCCUGCAAGGAUACACUCGUAAUUGGCUGUUAGAGCCAAAUAUACUCACUGACAUUCAUCUAUUGGCACAUGUUGAGCUGACAAUGUCAACUCUGUUUGUGUACAGGCAGAUCAUCCGCACAGCUGGAAUGGAUCAAGUUGAAGCUGAGGUAUGAUUUUCUUCGAGACUAACCACCAGUGUAAACAUAGAUUAUGGCUCCUUUUGGAAUUGUACUCCAUUUCCCAUGAUUCAACGUGCCGGAACUGGUGGCACGAGCCGGAAGCAUGCGAAGAGUGAGUCGGCAGUCCUGUGAGGAUGGACCGCUGCUGGAGGAACAGGAGACGGAGGGCCAGCGGCAGCUGCACAGCCUCCUGCUGCAGCAGCUCCACACUGACGUCGACAUCGACCGAUGUGUAGCCAAGAGGCAGUGCUUUGCCCCGGCGGCGCUUUAUCGGCCGUUCGGGCAGCAGGCAGCCGGAGUGAGGACCCUGUCCCAGUUCCAGGCCCUGCAGGACGGGGAGCAGGAGCUGGCCAGCCUGCGGGAGCUGGGCCUCACCGACUCUGAGAUCCAGAUGUGGCAGAGCAGAGACACACCGGAGGCAGCAGAGCAGUCCCACGGGGUGUGUGUCGCUCCCGGGGUGAAGCAGCAGCGCCUGCAGGUGAUCAGAGACAAGAUCGAAGCCAGGGCGGAGCUCCUGUCCCGCCCACAGCGCUUUGCCGCCAGCCGACCGCUGUCACGACGGGAGAUGGAGAUCGAAAAAGCGCUGUUCCAGGGAAACGAUCGCCUGGGUUUCCUCACCGCGCUUUACCAUCGAGAUGAAGAUCACCAGGAGGGCCAGCAGGGGGCCCCGUCCUCUGACCCAAUGGACUCUCUCUACAGAGACAUUCUCUGUGAGGGGAGACCACGAGCGUCACUACAGGACUCUCAGGGAGAAACUGCUGGAGCAUCACACCUCUCUACACGUGAAACUGUGUCUGAACAAAACUCACAGGUAGAUAACAACCAAUCAAAAGGAGCUUCCGACUCUCAGUCAGAGCUGCAAGGUGAAAAAAGUAGCUCAUCAGGUCAAGCAGAGUCAGAAACCUCAGAGCAGCAGGAUAAACCGGGGAAACCACGACCGGCUGCUCCAACAAAGAUAAAUAUAAGCCAGCCAAUCGGCAGUCUGUGCGGAGCAGUGAAGGCGGGGUCAGGAGCACCGCUGACUGUCAGAGGGGAGAUAGAGACUGUUUCAGAUGAAGAAAUCCUAAAGAACCGGGAAUCUGAGGAAGGAAUCCGGAGCAUCCCGAGGUUCCGAAACUACCAGCCGGGGAAACCAUCCAAGGUUUUAUGUGUAAGGAACCUGAGUGCACAGGCAUCAGUGGCCCAGCUGGUGGCGCUGUUCUCCAGGUUCGAGCAGGAAAACGGGCCCGCUGUCAUUUAUCGCCUGCUUACUGGGAGGAUGAGAGGUCAGGCCUUCAUCACUCUGCCAGAUGCUGAAACAGCCCAGAAAGCUUUGCAGUUGGUCCAUGGAUACCGGUUGCUAGGGAAACCUUUGGUGGUUGAAUUUGGCCGUGAGCGUCAGGAAGAAGAGAAACAGAAGGAGGAGAAGAAAUAAAAAUACGAAACGUGUUUGAUUGUAUAUUAUUUAUUUUCUUUCUGGUUGUAAAGUUGU